CCUGGGGGCCCGUUUGGCAAGAAAAACUUUCUCAGGUACUUACAUAGGAAAAAAGUGUUUAAAUUAAUUCAUAAAUCGUUAAAAGAUUAAGAAUAUAUUGAACAUUGUCUAAAAAUCGAGUGAUUUGAAUAUUUAAAUAAUUCAGACUAUCUACUAACUGUAGAAGACCAAGUAUAUUGAAUAAUUCUUAAGUGUUUUUUUCAAGGAUUAAGAUUAUUUAUAGGAAACUGCUUAAAAAUUGUAUUUUUCGGAAGAAAAAAUCUGUUAAAUGGGUGAUUUAUUGGUAGAGACUAAUUACUGGAGUACUGUUCUUAGUUUUCUUGCUCAGCAAUACUUUACGGACUCUCAUGUCACUUGUAUUUUGUGGCAUCCUGCAUUCGACUUUCGUCUGGAUACGGUUGAACCGCUACCAUUAAUCAUGAUAGACUCGCAGAGAUGGUUAAACCAUUCAGAAGACAAAGAUGUGUAUGACUACAAAGGGAAACGGGAUGAGCUUGAGGGAAAGGGAAUCGCCUACAACGAUUGGACUCUUAGGCUGACUGUUGCCAUAGAAAAGUCCCACUGUCAGAACUUUUUAGCAUUUCAGGAGCAGAUUCCCGAGUUCGCAAGAUCUUUUUAUUACUCCAGUAUCUACUCCAUUUGGAGAUCGCUGCAAAAUCGGUUUAUUUUUGUUUACACUGAAGAGCUGGUAGAAAAAAAAGAUGACUAUCUGAAUGGGUACAUAUUCCAAGAUCAACCAAAUAUUUUACUGAUAACCUCCGAAAACCUGAACUCAAGCACUUUCGAUAUUAAAACAAACCGAUUUGUUGGUCCACGAGAUUUUAAUCCAAACCCGGGACCUGUUGAAUUUGAUCUACUUCAAAAAUACGAUGCCGAGAAGGAGGAGAUUAUCUGGGACGUUGGGACGAAGAGUACAAUGUUGGGCAAGAUGCGAAACCUUCAAGGGCGAGAGGUUGUCAUUGGCAUCUUUGACUAUAAACCUUUCAUGCUAUUAGAGUAUAAAAAACAGCCUGUUUAUUAUGAUCGCUCCGAAAACACAACUGAAGUAACCAUCGACGGUACAGAAGUGCGACUAAUGAUUAUAUUCUGUGAGCUAUAUAACUGCACCAUUCAGGUGGACACAUCCGAAACCGCCGACUGGGGUGACAUCUUUCCAAAUGCCUCGGGUUAUGGUCUUGUGGGGAUGGUUCUUGAUAGACAAAACGACUACGGCAUAGGUGGCAUGUACUUAUGGUACGAGGCAUAUGAGUUUAUGGAUAUGACCCACUUUCUAGGCCGAUCUGGAGUCACCUGUCUAGUUCCCGCUCCCAAUCGCCUAAUCAGCUGGACCCUCCUGCUCCGACCUUUCCAGGCCGUCCUCUGGAUGUGCGUGAUGCUCUGCUUGCUGCUUGAAAGUGUGGCCCUUUGUGUGACCCGUCGUUGGGAGCACUCUUCAAAUUACAUUUUCAAUUCGUGGACCGGAAGCCUGCGGUUCGGUUGCAUUAGUACUCUAAAACUGUUCGUUAACCAGAGCACCAGCUACGUGACCAGCUCGUAUGCUCUGAGAACAGUUCUGAUUGCAAGCUACAUGAUCGACAUUAUCUUAACAACCGUCUACAGCGGCGGACUGGCGGCCAUCCUAACAUUACCCACUCUGGAGGAGGCAGCAGACUCUCGGCAACGUCUUUUCGACCACAAGCUUAUUUGGACAGGAACUUCACAGGCCUGGAUAACCACCAUUGACGAACGGUCAGCGGACCCAGUUCUACUUGGAUUGAUGGAGCAAUACAGGGUGUAUGAUGCCGCUCUGAUUUCCGCCUUCUCGCACACGGAGCAAAUGGGAUUUGUGGUGGAGCGUAUGCAGUUUGGCCAUCUGGGAAACACAGAGCUCUUAGCAAACGACGCCUUGGAUCACCUGAAGCUUAUGGUAGAUGACAUUUACUUCGCCUUCACAGUGGCAUUUGUUCCUAGGCUUUGGCCACAUUUGAGUGCCUAUAACGACUUUAUCCUGGCCUGGCACUCAUCGGGCCUUGACAAAUUCUGGGAGUGGAAAAUCGCCGCGGAUUACAUGAACGCACGCCGCCAAAAUCGCAUUGUGGCCUCCCAGAAACUGAACCUGGAUAUUGGACCCGUCAAACUGGGCAUUGACAACAUCAUUGGCCUAAUUCUGCUUUGGUGCUUCGGUAUGAUCUGCAGCCUUCUUACAUUUUUAGUUGAGCUGUGGAGAGGUCAUAACACGUCCGUACUUUAA